AGCUCGCAAGUCGAAGACCGGGGAUUGCCGCCAAUCGGACGACGCCGGCGCGAACGGACGCCGCUACCGCCGCCGCCACCGCCACCGCCGCUGACGCCGCUCCGUGGCGAGGGUCGGAGGCGGCUCCGUGGAGGGUUGGAGGGUUGGAGAGAGUGCGGUGUCGGCAGGGCUGCCGCCGCCGUCGGUCAACGCGCACGUACCACACACGGGGUUCACACCCAUCUCGCGCGCGCUGCGGGCAUCUCGCGCCGCCGUCGUCCCCAGGGUCGGCCUCGACGUCGUCCGCGAGGCGAAUCACCAUACUACCACCCACCCACCACCCGUCACCCCCUCCGCCUCAUUCUCUCAAGUUAGUCGGACUCGCGAUUCGGCCGGGGGUUCGAGACGUUAUGCCGCUCCCGAGGUGCACACACACACCGCGCGGCACCGAUUAGGGUGGUGGUUUACGCGCCGUCGUCACGGAGGAGGGUGAGAAAUAGAGCACGGCACAGUUGCGUGUGUCUUAACCCGGGGACCUGUGACACGAAGGAGAUAGCAGCGCGAGAGGAGAGAGGGAGAGAGAGAGAGAGAGAGAGAGUGCGUAAGUGCAGCGUUAUCGUGCGGGAAUCGCCCCCGAGAGGAACAACACCGUAAGACAUCGAGAGACGUAAGACUCUCCGAUCGCGGAGAAUCCCGGGAUUUCUCUCUUUCCCUCUCGACGGGAUCUCGCGGCGUUGAUCCUCGACGAGAAGGGACGGAACGCGGCGACGAGAGCGUCGUCGGGCACAGCUGAGAAGAUUCGGUGGAGAAGGAGUUAUCGUUCGGAGCGGGCGGGCGGGGAGGAGUCGCGCGGGAGACACGUCUCGCUGGCGCGUCGGUGAUGUCGAUCGCGGGAUCCUCGCGGGAGCUCGCUGCACCACCACCACCACCACCACCACCAUCAUCAUCAUCACCAGGAGGCUGUUCGAUUCUCGCCUUCGUGCGUCGUCGUCGCGCUACGUGGAGCGACACGAGGGACGUGCUGUCGUUCCCGCGAGCGUGAUUUAACAUCCCAUCGGGGGGAAAUUGUACGCGCCGGGAGAACCGAGCGAGGACAGAGAGAGAGAAAGAGAGACCAACCGAGAUUUUGCGAUCGCGGAUCGAUCCGAUUCAAGUGAACGCGCGCAUAGCGAUAAGUCGCAGCGAGAGGGAGAGAGAGAGAGAAAGAGAGAAAGAACGACGGGGAGAGCGGCGAUUGCGUAAGGAAGUGAGAAUCGCGCGCGCAAUGAUCUCAAUCGUCGCCGAGGAAUCCCGCGGGAAGUCCAGGACGUCGGGCACGAUCCCCGCGCUACGGGCCAGAUGCCCCGUAACGAUCGUCGACGUGCGACCGCACGAAGGGUGGUAGCGCGCACCCCAGGAUCGGAGGAGCAGCAGCAGCAGCAGUAGUAGCAGCAGCAAUAGCAGCAGCAGCAACAGCAGAAGCAGUAGAAGUAGCAGCAGCAGCAGUAGCAGCAGCAGCAGCAGCGACAGCAGCUGGUCCAAGCUAAUACGCGCUUCCGGCGCGCGCGGAUCUGAUACGGGGUGGAUGCGGAACGACAACGACGGGACGACGAUGGCCGGUGGUGCGUGCACGGAAACGGCACACGAAACGUUAGUCGAAGCCGUGAUCAAUAAUAAGACGCCCCGGCUCGCCGAGGGAUUGUGAACCGGCGAUCGCUGUUCCUCACGCCGUGGCAUCGCGAGGCACGUCGCCGUAAGGAUGUAGGGGGGCCCGGCAGUAACGGGCCCCGUGGAGGCGCCGCUCUUCGUUUCCUUUCGCUCCCCUCGCGCCGACGGACCGACCGCGAGGCCAGAGCGAACGAUUUUAAAAGAAAACAAACAAAGAAGGAGAAGGAGAGACGAAAACCGUAAAAAAAAGAGAGGGUGUAAUACGUAAUAAAAUUAAAAAAAAAACAAAAAACAAAAUCGCGUCGGAGUUUCGAAUGUAAAAAUAAUUAUGUGUUCCUUAGUCCAUCUCUUAGGUGGCUCCGAGUUAUCGAGCGUGUAUCGUAGUUCUCGUCGUAGUAGCAAUUUUCUUAUACCACCCUCGUGUGGAGCAUAGAUGCCUUAGUGUCCGUUUAGAGGAGAGAAUAAAAGAAAGAGUGAGAGAAAGAGUCUUUUGGAUUCACGAUAAACAGCCGAUCAACGAUCUCGCGAUAGAAUCGUAGAUGCGGCGGGCACGUCGCGGUAUACGAUAGAGAAAAGCCACUCUCGGAAAACUAGAAGAAGAACGAAACGGAGAAAGAAAGAAAGAAGGAGAGCGGGAGAGAGUGAGAGAGAGGAAAGGAAGUGCGUUCCGUGUCGUGCGAAAAAUAUAAUCGUUGUUAGCCGGCCGUGAAGUAGGUCACGAGGUCGAUACUAAAAUGAAGUGAAGAUGCAAGAGGAAAGCGGGGAAAAUGGCAUGUGCUAACGACGUUAAUAACGGCGGACCGAUUUUUCGGGGCGGACCCGGCGUAGUGCGAAGUAAUUAGUGAUUUACCCGUGCACGUUGCGCGCGCGCGAACGGCGCGCGCGCGCCUCAUCCGCGCGGAGUGUGUCUCGCGCGGAUCGUAAUCUAAUAGCGGACUACCCCUCCUCCCCCCCUACGUACGGCGGAUAAUUACUAGCGAAAAUGGUCGAUCUAGGAGGAUACAUUAUUAUACUGACGAACGACGACGGGAAGAUCAAGCUGUACGGAUCGCCGGCGGACAAUGUGGACACUCUGGAAGUGAGCGAUGAAAUUUUAGAAGUAAACGGUCGCACCUUGGAAAAUGCAACUCACAAUGAAGUCAUUCAGUACAUACAUCAGUGCAUCAAAUCUCGAACAAUAUGUCUGCGUCUCCGGAGAAGCGGAAACAAGAUGGAAGAGCUGGACGGGCCGAACGCUGGGCGGAUACGAGACGCCUGGGUUAUCGCCGUCGAAAGGAGCGCGCGGGAGAGGCUGCAGAAAUUGACGGCACUUAAGAAGAUCCAGCCGCGCGACAUCCAGGCCAUUUUACAUCAGCGGAUAAACGAUGCGGUAGCGUCCACGAGCGAAGACUCCACUUCGAAAGACGUAUCGAAUGGCCAAAUCACAGUUACCUUGGCGGACAAGGAAUUGGGGCCGAAUGCUUUCUCUAGCAAACUUAGCAACGGUACGAUUCCGAAGGGAUUAGGAAGAGAGGCGGACAUCCGAGUGGAAAACAUCUCGCAGGAGCGGAAGGACGCUUUGGAAAAGCAACAGAGCUACGAAGAGGCGAACCUCUUGCAACCGGUGCAGAGCGGAAGAAUCGGGGAACGACGCUCGAGCAGCCCCUUCCAAAAUGGUCGGACCGAAGUGCUGAUUGGCGAACCGGAGGGCGGCCCGAGGUCGCCGCGGGGAUCGACGUCUUCGGCGGUGAACGACGGUAAUUUCCUGAAUCCACCGGACGAGCGAGACGAACCAAUUUGCAGGUCCCGAAGGCGUAGCGGUAGUGGCGUGACGGACAUACACUCUCAGCAGCAGCAAUUGCAGUUGCAAGAGAACAACAACAGUAGCUCGCGCGACGCGAAGAAGCCGCAGGAGGGACUGGGGCCCGAUGAGAUGUGGGCCCCUGGCGCCCUGGGCCAUCAUCGGGAGCUACCUGUUGAUGUGCCCGACACCCUUCUACAGAAGGCCUAUCCCAACAAGGUAAAAAACUGCUCUUCCGAUUAUAGGAACGGGCUACAGCAUCGUCCCCGUAGUGCUAGCGACCUCGACCUCUCCCUAAACCUUAAAAACGAGACCCUUAAGACGCGCACCAUCGCGGACGGACGUGUUAAACUCGUGUCGAACGAUCGCGCGUACGACAUCACCGACUCGGCGGCCAGGACGAUCAAUGUCCACAACGGUCUUCAACCGUCCAUGUUGAAGAUCGAGCUAAAUAUCGAGGACGAGGAGGAGAAAGUGAAAGCCACUAAGAAGAACCUGGGACUCGACAAAUAUCGCGAUAGCCCUAUCGCGACCGAUUCCCCGAUUACGGACAUAAAGAGUACCUUUAAAGCUUUCGAGGUAUAUGCGAACGAAGACACGAGCGGGCAGAAAGAGUCGAGCGUCGAUAUCGAGGACGAUUACCCGUUUGCCAAGGAGGAUUAUCCCACCAUGCUCAAGACGUGCAGCGAUGAUUCCGCAAGCCCGAGAAGCUCGUCGGGUAGGUCGGACAGCACCGCACCUCUCGACACCAGUUUGAUGCUCAGGCACAGCAAAAAUCACAAGGACUCCCCGACUUACGACGUCCGGAGGAUAGACCUCGGUUCUCCGUGUAGAUCGAUGGUGCCUGACAUCAAGGUAGCCCCGCUUUUCGGCCGUACCCGAGAGGCGACUUCCUUCGACAAUCCAGCUUAUGGACUAACGGACUUGCAGGAUCUUCAGGGACUACUGCGAUCCGACGAAAUGUCGGACUUGACCAGACUGAUAGACGAACAAUCUCCGAUCCCGAGGACUCCGCAGGAUCAAGAUAAAGUAUCGCCUGUUCGCGGAGUGAAAGACCAGCCGACGGAACCCUCCCAGACCGAGCCAGCGAGUAAGUCUGGCAAGAGUCCGGCGAAACGUCGCCCAAAUGACGAGCGGGCUAAACUGAAGGCGAAAACCCGUAGCCUCGAUAUCGAGGAACUGAUUCGGUCCGGCUCGACCGACGACCUCCUCGAGUUGAGCAACCUCUCCUCCUCGUCCUCCCCGUCGCGGCAGCGGCCAAAGAAGAAGCGGUACCAGAUCUCCAGUGGCUAUUCCACGCUGAGGAGCGAGGCCUCUGGCGAUCUCGAGCAUAACGCCGAACGCAGCUUCCUCGUGGUGGGCAGAAAGCCUUACCGCGAAAUGGCCGUCGAUUGUCCACCGGAUUUCGUGCCGGUCACCAAGUGCCACCCGAUAUAUCCGCCGCCGAAUAAAACUCCCGGCAACAGCAAACACAACACCCUCGAACCGAAGCGCGAUCGCGCGAGUGUCGCUAACGAGGGGAGUUCGUGCGCUGCGACAACGACGAUGACCAUGACGACUACGACGACCACGCUCGUAGCCUCCCCUCGCCUCUCCCCGAAUGAUAAUAGCUUCACGACGCUGUCUAGUGCCGACGAUAGUGCUAAAGAGACCGUGGUCGUGCGCUCGGUAGACCAUAAGCACAGCUUGAAGAAGGCCGGUCUCAACGGAGUCAAGCCUGCCAUCCCGCCUCGCGAUCAGAAGAGAGCACCCGCCAGACCGCCGAAAGACACUCUGCGCCUCUCCACGCAGAACAAUAAUGUCGAGACGAGCGAUAACGCCAACGCGGAGCCGACGCAACAGCAGCUUCACUCUAUCAGGAAAUAUCAGGAACAGCUACGAAAACGAAAGGAUGAGGAGGAGAGGCAGGAAAUGCUCAGCCGUUCUCUCCGUGGCUCUAAAAAGCUCCAAGCUUUGGAGAGCCACGCGACGAGCCUCAGUGGCCAGGAAAAUCUUGCUUACGCACAGGACGAGGUGACCACCGGUGUUAGUCGAGUCACGCACGCCACUCCUAAUGCAGUCCAAGAAGUGGAGGAGCCCCCCAGGCCGCUCACGUACGGCGAGGUCGUUGCUACGCUGGAGAGGCUGCAGCUCCAACUACGGAAUAUUUCAGGUGCUCUCGGUAUUUCGGGUCCAGGUGUCGAAGCCGAGCUUGAGGCGGUCCGGACACUUUUGGUGCAGAAUCGAUUUGCGUCCGCCUUGGCGACUCGACACACUUUAAAAAAUCGCCUAAGGGCGAGCAAAAUUUUCAAACAUCAUGCCGAUGAUGCGUCAAGUUUAGCGCGAGAUUGUGUGGAUAUCCUUGAAAAAUGGCAAUCGUCCUCGACCGCAACAGGUGUCGGCGGAGCAGAAACAAUAGCCGCCGUGGAGGAGUUAACGAGUAUUUUAACAAGUUACGACAUGGAAGCUCUGCUUCUGGCGCACGACUCUAUCGUUUCAUACGUGGAAGGGUUACAAAGGAAGCAGAGCCCGUCGUCCUCGCCACCCAGCGGCCCGCCCAGUCCGACGUCUAGUUGGAAAGAUUCCCGAGUAGUCGACAACAUUAAAAUCAUCCGAAUUGAGAAAACUAACGAACCUCUGGGUGCCACCGUCAGAAAUGAAGGGGAUGCAGUGAUUAUAGGGCGUGUCGUUCGCGGUGGUGCGGCGGAUAAGUCGGGACUCUUGCACGAAGGUGACGAGGUCCUCGAGGUGAACGGAGUGGAGAUGCGCGGUAAGACCGUCAACGAGGUCUGCGAUAUUCUCGCCGGCAUGCAGGGUAGUCUCACGUUCUUGGUGCUUCCGGCUCCGUCAAGUCCCAGAAAUAAUUUAAGAAGAGAAGAAACGACACAGAUACACAUACGAGCGCAUUUCGAUUACGAUCCCGAGGAAGACCCGUACAUACCGUGCAGAGAGUUGGGCGUGAGUUUUCAAAAAGGCGAUGUACUCCACGUAAUUUCCCAAGAGGAUCCUAACUGGUGGCAAGCAUAUCGAGAAGGCGAAGAGGACCAGACACUGGCUGGUCUCAUACCGAGCAGAGCGUUUCAACAUCAGCGAGAGUCCAUGAAGCAGACGAUAGCUGGUGACAAGUCGACGGUGAGAGGUUCGAAGAAAUCCAGUACGCUACUGUGCGCCAGAAAAAAUCCAAAGAAGAAAAAACGAAACAAGUUCGGCGCGAACUUUAAUGACGAUGGGUAUCCACUUUACGCGACAACUGCCAUAGAUGAUUACGACAGUGAGGAAGUGCUGACGUACGAGGAGGUCGCCUUAUACUAUCCUCGUGCGAAUCACAAGAGGCCAAUUGUACUCAUCGGACCACCUAACAUCGGACGACACGAACUCAGGCAGAGAUUGAUGCAAGACAGCGAACGUUUUGCCGCAGCGAUUCCUCAUACAAGUCGUCCGAAGAAAGACUCCGAGGUCGAUGGACAGGACUACCAUUUUAUUUCUCGUGCUCAGUUCGAGUCCGAUAUUCUUUGUCGGAAAUUUGUCGAGCACGGCGAGUACGAGAAAGCGUACUACGGCACGUCCGUGGAGGCCAUCAGGACAGUGGUUAAUUCCGGGAAAAUCUGUGUCUUAAACUUGCAUCCCCAGAGUCUCAAGAUCCUGCGAAAUUCGGAUCUGAAGCCAUAUGUUGUGUUUAUCGCGCCACCGAGCCUCGAGAAGCUGAGGCAGAAGAGGAUCAAGAACAACGAGAGCUUCAAGGAAGAAGAAUUGAAAGAUAUAAUCGAGAAAGCUCGUGAGAUGGAAGAUAAGUAUGGCCAUCUGUUUGACAUGCUUAUCCUCAACAAUGAUACGGAUCGGGCGUAUAAUCAGCUUCUCACGGAGAUCAAUUCACUCGAGAGGGAACCUCAGUGGGUGCCUGCGUCUUGGGUUCAGUAACUUAAGCGGUCUUAAUCGCCGCGCUUAAGACGAGCAUUUCUAUACGUGUCUCGGUGGUCUGAGGACGGCGAUCGGAGGCCAGUAUCGGUAUCUGUUUGCAAGACAAGUACUUUCACGCAAUUUUCCAAGCAAGUCUCAUAGAGAAAUUCGGAGAAAUGGUUCUUCUACAGGUGCCUGUUACAUAGUUUUAUGUUUCUUACGCAAAUCUUAAAUCUUCCCCGGUUAUACUGUAUUGCAAGUACUACUCGCCUGACAGAGUCUUCCGCGUGUGUGUUGUCGUACUUUGGUGCCAUGAAUAUGACGGAGAAUCAUCGGAAGCGAUCUUCAAAGGGGAAAAAAAAAAGAAGAGAGAUAGAAUAUUCUGCAAGAAUAUUCUCAUACCUCUACGACGGACUAUUCCUCGACGUAGAUUCUUGCGUUUGAUAUAGAAGACAAAGAAAAGAAUAUGGUGCUUAUGUAUCACCGUGAUGAGGCGAACGUUGCUUCGAGGCUCGGUUGCAUCAACGAUGUUUCGAAUUUGAGUGAAUAUAUAAUCAAAUCGCGGACGAUAAUCGGCCGAAAAAUUUACAUUUAAGUUACACUUAAAUUUCAAACGGAGUUGCUGCAGUUUAGCCUACUUCUGACGUCCCGAAGUAAUCCCUGACUGAAAUACGUUCGUACGUCAAGAGUUUCCGAGGUAUUUACGGUUAUAUUCUCAUGACUGACAAGCGGUUAACACUAUUAUAUAGAUGCGCGAGUAUACAAAAAAACAAGUAUCAUCUCGGUGCGCCAAAGCACAUCUGCCGAGCGUUUUGCUCUUUCUACAUAUUAGCCCGUUCUACGUGAGGAAAUGUACCUGACCUGAUGUCUCCCAAAGGUGAAAAAUUUCUAAUUCGGGGAACUCGUGAAAAUACCGUGUAAUUUUCUAUGAUCCGUGCAUAUGCGUUUUGAUAAAUUUUGAUAAGUGAAGAAGCUUCGAUCCAGAUUUUUUAAAACACUCCCAUUCAGCGUAGCACACAUGCGGAUAUAUUAACACGAAUUGCAUUGCGAAAUCUGCGUAAUGCAAUUGAUUCCCUUUACGUUAUCGCGAAUCGGUCAUGCCUCACGCGACACGUGUAUAGAACUUUCGCACACGAUCAUAGAGAGUCGCACGUUUUUUUCACGUGAGAUUCGGUUAGAAAUUUUUGGCAGUCCUGCUAUUCUAACCGAGCGAAAGCUGUUAUUAUAAAGGAAGGAAAAAAAAAGGAAUUCCAAAACGACGAUCCCACAAGCAUAACGAUACACAGUGUAUUUCUUCGAACGUAAGAGGAAAACGAUCUGCGAUCUCGAAGAAGGCGAAACUCGCUAAACGUUUUACCGUUCGCCCUAGAAACAAUUUCGUGUUUGUUUAGAAAGCAGAAACUCGUGUUUCGAACCCGUAGAUUCGUUAAACGCAAUAGACUUAGGCUCGACUGUGGUUCGGUAUACAAGCUUUUGAAAAUUUCGCAUAAAACGAUUGUUUCUCCUGAGUGUUUUUUUACAGGGAACGAUUAUUACGCGACGCGAUCGAAUAAGGUAAAAGGUGUUUAUCUGUGUCAUUGUAUCGCUACGAAAUAGGGAUCGAUGCGAAAUAGAAAAGAAAAAAAUGUGUAGUAGAGCGAGAAAGAGAGAGAAAGAGCGACAGAAAGAGAGAUAGAGACCAUUGUGGUUUUUCAUUGGAAAUUAUUCGGUAAAUGCAAGUGCGCGGUGUGUAUCUUACAGGUAUUCUUGCGUUAGCAAUAAUUGUGUAUUGUCGGAAGGUAAAUUUUCUGUGUUUUCUUUUCUUUUCCUCGAUGACUCUAAGAGUUCCGGUAAACUCGGCAAAGAUGUGUCGUCAGUUCGUAUAGAGAUUGUGGGCUACUGUGUCGUGAUUAGAUCAACCGUAAUGUUAGUCGAUCCAGAGAGAAAAAAAAAGAUAGAUACACUAAAUUCAAUGUGAAACAAUUGUAAAAGUGAACGCGCGACGUAGAGAGAUGUGUCUUCGGUGAAAAAAAAAAAUCGUUAUCUCCAUUUUUAGCUAUUUAAAAUCGAUCUUCUAAGAGCCAAUCAAUGCAUGACGGUUCAAUAUCGUGCCAAGUAUCAGACCGCAUGUUAAAGGACGCAAGAAACUGAGAUGUGCCAAAUAAUCCUGGAUUAUUUCCAGACGAAUCCACAAGUUUUAAAAUGCGCUCAAGAGGCACCUUAGAAUUUGUCAUUAUAUUGAUUAUGUAAAUAAUUGUGCACUUGUGUAUAGAGAGAAAGAGAGAGAGAGAGAGAGAGAGAGAGAGAGAGAGAGAGGGCGAGAAAGAACGAGGGGAAGAAUUGAGAAGGGGAAGGUUAGUUAUUCGAAUUCAUCAUUAUUAUUUUUUUUUCUAAUUAUUAUUACCCGAAUUAUUAUUAUCAUCGUUAUUGCAUGUGCUGUUUUGUCGAGUGAUCAUGGCAGACAGUUGUUAACGUAUGAUCCCCCGCGUAACAAUGAACGACACGAAUCCGCAAUCGCGUGUCAUCUUGAAUCAACCCGGAUAUGCAUAUUUGUAUCAAAUCAAGCGAAUCAAAGUUUUCGACGUCAUUGUUCCUCACUUGGCAAACCUGUACUAAUUACGUCAUAAUUAUGAUCAUUAUAUUGCAUGAUUCUGAUUACCGUCAUGAUUAUGUAAACAACAACGGUGAAAGUAUGUACAUUAUUAUUCUUAUAAUUAUUGUUAUUAUUAUUAUUAUUCAUAUUAUUAUUAAUUAUAUUAAUUCCACGUGUAAAAUAAACGUACAAUUUCAAAGAGGAGAAAUAUAUGUAUGAAGAAGAAAUAUAUACAAAUGUAUAUACAUCGUAUAUACAUGUCCACGUGUAUUGCGAGAGCCACACAAGAUUACCAAACCUCGAAUAUAUGUCCUGAAGGAGAAUCUUGGUUGUAGAUAAUAUAUUGUUUCCAUUGUUAACAUUACCAUCUCUAUUCAUGUUAAUCUCUUUUGUUCGUAAAAAAAAAGAUAUUUGACCAUCGA